UGGCGACACAGAUUCCCCAGUCCCCGCCAAUAUGGCCGUCCCGAGGGAGAGGCGGGCCUGCGGGGCGGAAGUGACGCAGCCGGAAGUCCGGCCGCGGCUUCGCGGCCUGGGAGCGCGGUGCAGAGGUUGGCGGACUGUGAGCGGGGCGAUGCCGCGGGCGGCGGGGCUCGGCCGUGCAGCGGCGCUGGGGCCGCUGCUGGCGGCUCACGUGGUGGCGGCGAUCGAGCCCAUCAGCGUGGGCAUCGCCCUCGGGGCCGCGUCCGCCCUCACCGGCUACCUGUCCUACACGGACCUGUACUGCCGCUUCGCCGAGUGCUGCCGCGAGGAGCAGCGGCUCAACGCGUCCGCCCUCAAGCUGGAAUUAGAGGAGAAGCUGUUUGGGCAGCAUCUGGCCACAGAGGUGAUUCUCAAGGCGCUGACUGGCUUCAAGAACAAUAAAAACCCCAAGAAACCGCUGACUCUGUCCUUACACGGCUGGGCUGGCACGGGCAAGAAUUUUGUCAGCCAAAUUGUGGCUGAAAAUCUUCACUCAAAAGGCCUGAAGAGUAACUUUGUCCACCUGUUUGUCUCGACUCUGCACUUCCCUCACGAGCAGCACAUAAAACUGUACCAGGACCAGUUACAGGGAUGGAUCCGGGGUAACGUGAGUGCGUGUGCCAGCUCCGUGUUCAUAUUUGACGAGAUGGACAAAUUGCACCCCGGGGUCAUCGACGCGAUCAAGCCGUUUCUAGACUACUACGAGCAGGUUGAUGGCGUGUCUUACCGGAAGGCCAUUUUCAUGUUUCUCAGCAAUGCCGGUGGGGACCUCAUAACUAAGACCGCCCUUGACUUCUGGCGGGCAGGAAGAAAGAGGGAGGACAUCCAGCUGAAGGACCUGGAACCCGUGCUGUCCGUCGGAGUCUUCAACAAUAAACACAGUGGCCUGUGGCGCAGCGGGCUGAUAGACAGAAACCUCAUCGACUACUUUAUCCCCUUCCUCCCCCUGGAGUACAGACACGUGAAGAUGUGUGUCCGAGCCGAGAUGAGGGCCCGCGGGUCCGCCGUAGAUGAGGACAUUGUCACCAGGGUGGCAGAGGAAAUGACGUUUUUCCCCAAAGGCGAGAAAAUCUACUCAGACAAGGGCUGUAAGACUGUGCAGUCACGGUUGGAUUUUCACUGACCUCUCAUCCACGAGGGGGAAGAGGCCCCCCCGGGAGCUCAGCAAGCGAGGGCCUUGCCCUUCCGGAAGCACUUUGAAGACUCCUUUGGGGUUUGCACAUUUGCACCUGUGGAUUUUAGGGAUCUAGAAGUUUCUAAGAGCUGAGUUUUGAAAAGACGCCGAUCUGGCGAGCGCGCCUGUCAAUUUGGACCAGACGGCAAUCCAUCUGUCAACUGCGGUGGAAGGUGAACUUUUAAAAUCCCUCCCCUCACUUACUGACCUUGACGGAAGUGCCUUGCAAACAGCUGUGUGCGUGAGACCUCCCG